AAUAGUUAAAAUGUAUUGUAAAUCACUAUUGAAAUGUUUACGUGUAAUGGUACUCGACCCAGAUAAUUCGGUACUUGCUACUGUUUACAAAUUUACAACACCAGCAUCAACAACGGCAGUGAGAAAAAAAUAUACAGUCAUCAUUUUCGUGAGAUUAGAUUAGGCAUUCCAGUUAAUUGUGAUAUUCACUGGAGGAUUUCGUUGCAAGUAUGACACAGUUAUAAGACAAAAAUCUGCCGAGCAUGGGCACUACAACAUAAUACUCAACUUAAGUACAACAUUCCUUUGGUUUAUAAGAGCUUCUAAAAGCAACCAACCCACCCGUAUUCUGUCCAGCAGCCCCAUAUUCACACUAAGUGCAAAUAUUUUAGAUAAACAUGUCCAGUACAAAAACACAGCGCCAAGGUCGUUGGUAUUUCGGUGGUAUUGCCAGUGCCGGUGCCGCUUGCUGCACACAUCCGUUGGACUUGAUAAAGGUGACGUUGCAAACACAGCAGGGCAAACUGUCUGUGUUACAGCUAACCGUUAAAGUUGUGCGGGAGCAAGGCGUUUUGGCACUCUACAAUGGCUUGUCUGCUUCCGUCCUUCGUCAAAUGACAUACUCAAUGACGCGUUUCGGUAUUUAUGAAUCAGGGAAGCAACAAAUCAAUACCGAUACAUUCCUCGGCAAAAUCACCCUAGCAGGUUUGGCUGGCACUGCCGGUGGUAUUGUCGGCACUCCGGCCGAUAUGGUGAAUGUACGCAUGCAAAACGAUGUUAAAUUGCCGCCAGAACAGCGCAGAAACUACAAAAAUGCGCUCGAUGGUUUAAUCAAAGUAUAUCGCCACGAAGGAUUCACACGUCUAUUUUCGGGCGCCACCACCGCCACUGGCAGAGGAGUUCUUAUGACAAUUGGUCAAAUAGCAUUUUAUGAUCAAAUCAAAGCAAUGCUGCUCACAACACCCUAUUUCAAGGAUGAUUUGGCAACACAUUUCAGUGCAUCAUUGGCUGCUGGCGCUAUUGCGACAACUCUGACACAGCCACUUGAUGUGCUGAAGACACGUUCCAUGAACGCUAAACCGGGUGAAUUCAAGGGCUUAUGGGAUAUUGUCAAGUUUACAGCGCGUUUGGGUCCGCUCGGCUUCUUCAAGGGCUACAUACCGGCAUUUGUGCGCCUAGGUCCACACACAAUUAUCACAUUUGUUUUCUUGGAACAAUUGCGUUUAAACUUUGGCAUUUUGCCAAAAGUAGAGGCUUCCGUCGUGGCUGCACAAUAAACA